AUGGCGCGGACCAUGAGACCCGACGACAUCAACCCCCGGACGGGGCUGGUGGGGGCCAGCGUCUUCCUGGUGUUUGGCUUCAUGUUCACUGUGUCCGGCAUCAAGGGAGAAACUCUGGGGGACAUUCCGCUGCUGGCCAUCGGGCCAGCCAUCUGCCUGCCGGGCAUUGCCGCCAUCGCCCUCACAAGAAAGACCGAUGGCUGCACCAAAUGGCCCAAGAACAAGUGUCCAUGCUGCAAGCAAGUCAAGGACCGGGAUGUCAUGGAGCUGCUGAGGACCCCCUCCGACCUGGAGUCUGGCAAGGGGAGUUGUGACGAGCUAGCCAAGAAAGCAUACCAGAAGGACAGGAGAGCGCUGCGGGGUGAGGACUCUGUGUCCAUCUGCACCACCACGACCACCACCACCAUGGGAGAGUGCAAGAGCCUCAUCAGAAAGGUGGAGCAGGAGGAGCUGCUGAGAUACCUGGAGACCUGUUACCCAGAGAUGCCGGGGAAUGUGUUCGUGAGAGAUGGCUCCACGUACAGUGCCUUGGAAAAGAGCUAUUCUCCCACCGGGGACAGCGCUGCUUGCCCGGAUAUUGAAGACAACAUUUUUGUGGCUCCUAAAGACAGUAUCAUUGUCUGCUCUUACAAGGAGAACAGCCCUUAUGACAGAUACUGUUGUUACAUAAACCCUACUGGAGUCAACUCAGACCAGGAGACCAUAGUGUGA